AUGACCGCACAAGGCAGCCUCGACGGAUUUGGUCAGAAUUUCCAAGGCAGAUUCUUUGCGGAGGGCAACCAGAUUGAAGUGACCGGCUCAUUCUCCCAAUCAGUGGACAAUUUUCAGGCAUUUACCGUGACCCUCACCUACGAAAGUUUGGCCGAUCUCCAAGGUACUUACAACAUUGUUAUUGAUGACCCGCCGUCAUAUAUUGGCGCAGCCGACUUGAAACUUAAUCUUAAGAAUGUCCAAAACAAGACAGUCUCAAUCAGUGGUCGUAUCACGCCACCUAUCAGUGGAAAGCAGGCAGUCUCAGGCUUUAUCCGCUUUGGCUGGGCGAGGUAA